CCUAUUUUAAUAGCUGGAAAGCUAGGUCAGCCGCGGUGUGUGUGCAAGUCUGAGACAUGCAGAAAUCAGGGACCAGGGUAACCUGAUGCCGUCUAAUGCAGGCACGUCGCGAACAGCCUCGGCUUACUUUGGAGGAUUUGAAGCUUUGUCGUCCAAUUUGGAAUCGAUUCCCACCAAUUCGGACAAGGCCGAGAAAAAUAAUAAGGAUGCAAACGCGCCAGCGCGACUGGACCCUGGGACGGGAUCCGGAUUCCGGAGACGUCGAAGGCUCCGAUUGACGUGGUUGAUGUCAUUCUGGGGCAAUGCCUCAUGCGAUCCAGCAUCCUCAUCCUCGGCAUCUGCUUAUCGUCUUCGCUCGGAUUUCUAAUACGAGGGCCUGUCUGAAAGGGAGACCGCCAAGCAUGCGAAUAGCCAAUGCCUGCCGAGCUACUAGCACGCCGAAAGCAGCCUCAUCAUCAUCGCCUCGAUUCUCGACUUUGACAUUGCGCGUUGCACCCUUACCUUGCGUCAUCGACCGACAAAUUUCUUCACGUCGCCAUUGCACAGUUCACACAUCAAUAUCUACGACGCCAUUUGCUACUCGACACAUCCAACAUCGGCAUCUUGCAACAACUCCUCAGAAACAGCACACCAUGUCCGACAAACUUAUUCCGUCGAAUCCGGCGGACGUCAUGGUCAUCCGCCAUGUCACGCCCAACGUCGUCACAUUCUCAGUCCCCUUCUCGCGGUUCGGGACAAUGAAGAUCGGUGGUCGGGGGACACUAGUCAAAAUGACCUCGGGCGAUCUAGCCGUCUUCUCCCCUGUCGCUCUCACCGAAGAGGCCAAGGCCAAGGUGGCCGAGCUAGGCGGCAACGUCGCCUACAUUGUGGCUCUCGACUUUGAGCAUCACAUCUUCCUCUCCGAAUGGCUCAAAGCCUACCCGACCGCCAAACUGGUCGGGCCCGAGGGUCUCCCCGAGAAGCGCGCCAAGCAGAACGACCCCAAGAUCGGCUCCGAGCCGUUUGCGACCGUCUUCACAAAGGACAAGAAGAGCACCACCAGGAUCGGCGACGACUUUGACAGGGACUUUGACUACGAGUACGUCGACGGCCACGCCAACAAGGAGAUUGUGGUCAACUUCCGACCAGACCGCACCCUGAUCGAGGCGGACCUCUUCUUCAACCUACCUGCCACCGAGCAGUACAGCCGGGUGCCUGAGGACCAGAAACAGGCAAAUGGCUUCCUCGCCCGUCAUUUUGAGGGAUUGCAGAACCCCCAAAGCGGCAACAACAAGUGGAUGAAGAGGUUCAACUGGUUUGUGCUCGCCAAGGAUAGGGCGAGCUUCAACGAGAGCAUCCGGGCCAUCGCCAAGUGGGAUUUCGUCAACUUGAUUCCCUGCCACGGUGAUGUCCUGGAAGGCAACGCAAAGGAAGUCUUCCAAAAGACGUUUGAGUGGCAUAUCGAGGGGAAGCACCAUUGAGCAUGCACAAUUUGUCGUCAGGAGGGAUUGGUGGUGGUGUUGUUGUAGGUGUUGGCGUGCUUUGUUGCAUAGAUACCAUGUUCAUUACGCAGGCAUAUGUUAAUUGGACGCAUAUUCGAUGA